AUGGUUCAAGGCCCUUGCAAGUGGAACUUAUUAAGGAUCUGUAGCAUCGUAGAGUCGUUCUGCAGCUGUUUUUUCUUUCUCAAAGUUGUAGGUCUGCUCUGCUGUUCGGCUUUUCUGGUCCGGUCCGCGCAUAUUCCAGAGAAGUCAAUGGACGCAAGGAGUUUGGUCGAAAAAAUAUUAGGCAACAUCCCUGUGGUUCACGGGUCCAGUGUUAAAAUCAUGGGCCUGACCCUUGACCCGUCCAGCCAGUCUAGGAACAUGCCGUACCAGUCCAUGGUGACCUCCCUGGGCAUCCCCGCAGCACCAGAACUAAGGACUGUCUGCAGACCCCUAAACCAAAUCGACUUCACCCUGGAGGUGUGUCUGAGCAGUAUGUCUGCGGGGCUGCAGCUGUAUCAGGAUGUGCUGGGUGAGCUGAAGGAGCGUGUGACCACUGACAAGGUGACAGGACUCCUGGCUGACAUCAGAGACCUGCUGGCCCAGGUCAACAAGAUGCAGGAGCCUGGCCAGAUGAGCAGUGUGGCCCAGUACGAGGCCUCGGGACUGGCCUCACGUCUCCCAGGGGACUACGAGGUUCAGGUUGCAACUCACUUUACCCUGCUGCAGCUCCGUGACUUCACACAGAACCUAAAACGCAGCCUGCGCAACAUCGAACACCUGACUUCCAGGCCAGGACAGAGGGUCUGAACUGUACUCUACAGCAGCAGCAAAACCUGUGCAGACAUGGAUGGAGGACCGGAGGGGGGGUCGUCCGUGCCAGAAGCCUAUUGGACUUCUAAGGCAACUGCGUAGUGAUGGAAUCUGGCUGAAACAUGUUUCAUUUCUGUUCGAGCCUGCUUCAGUCUUUCUAUCUAAUCUGUCCAUCAAGGUCAAACGGGACAUUUGAAAACAUGAAGCAAGCGGAGCACUUUAUUUAUCUGAGAUAGGGGAUGGCACCAAAACCAAUUGUGUAGCGUCCCUGUAUCUGCCAAGGUCUGUACCUSAUAGUAUAACUGCAGGUAGCUGGUUCAAGCCUUGCUCUAUCUGUUCCCCACCAAUUGGGACAAUAGCAACUGGUCAAGGACUGAGUGCCUUCUUAUCUUCAUCUCUUUCUCCCCAUGAGGGUUUUGUUCUUAGCUUGUUCUGCCACUCAACACCACCUCUGAUUGCUUUCUCAGACUUUCCUUGAGAUAAAGCAACACCGAUAGCUGCCAGAUAGUGGCAAGUCCCCGACAGUUUCUGAGAUACUUAUUUAUACUUAAAAAUAUAUAUAUUUAUAUAUUUAUGAAGUACUGGGAUAUCAUUUGUUUGUGUAUUUGAAUUCAUUUGUUUGCGUAUGCAGGUAUUUAUUUAUUUGUAAUGUAUUUAUGUAUUUAUACUGUAUGUGUUUUUUUACUGAUUGAUACUGUCAUUCCUAGAGUCUUUUCCUGGUGGGUGUCAAGAGAUUUGUACUGUAUGUGGUUUGGCCUCAGCCAAGGUCAUUUUUUUUAUAUACCAGGAGCUCCGAUCUCCUUCCCUUUGUUUUAUUUAUUAUUAUAUAUAUUUUUACAGGACAAUAGGAAGUCGGAAGACAUGUAUAGAACAAACAGUGAGGAAGGGCUUUAGACGAACAGCCGAGUUGCGACUUGAUCCCCUCGCCUUGGAGGCAUGUGUGGUCUGGGAAUCGAGAGUGUUACCGCUCGAACCAGACUCCGGCACGAGAGGGUUAUUAGUCAAUACAAUCACCCCUAGAGUCAUUUCCUGGUAGGUGUGUCAUUCCCUGUUUAGGAAGUUCCUAUUCUAGUUUUUAUUAACACAAGACAAACGUCACACAAGUGUGAAUUGAUGUUAACCGACAUUUUGUGUGUUUUAGUCAUCACUUGUAGUGUCGUAAACGUCACACUUGGGGAAAGCCUAGAAGGUUAUUUAUUUAUUUUGUCUAGCCCUGAUGAUGAAAUAUACUCUUCACACUGAAGUAUGUAAGACAUUGAACAUGUUCUAAUGUGUGUAGUUUAAGAAGGUUGAAUGGUACUUGUGACAACGUACUGUAUUUUUC